AUGCCUCCACGAGUUCGUCCCCUUAUUGACGGUAGCGUCAAGCCAUUCUUUCUUUGGUGCAUGCAUUGCCAAAGACGCUGCGCCGGAAAGUACACGCAGACCACUGAUCGUCCAUUCGAAAUUGACUGUCACUUCAGCGGCAAAGGGGGUAUUCUUUGUCACCGGUGUUCGGGCGAUAGCACGGCAUGCGAAUCAGUAGCACCAGGUAUGUUAGGAAAUGGAUGGGAUUAUUCUCACAUUCUUCGAUGGGCUGCUGGCUUUUGGGACAUGUGUGAGGACGAUGAGGAUGAAAACGAGUGGCCAGAGAAAGUUCGUAUAAGCGUCGCCAGUGCUCUGAAGAAUUUAAACAGCGCGUUCAACACCACGGAAAGGCUUCAUCGGCGUGCACAUGCACUGAUAUCCGACGAUCAUGAGGUUAUGGCGACUUACCGUGCUUUCGUCGAGCAACGCCGCCGACUACUCGACCAGCUGUCUGUUCCCGACGAAUAUGAAGAUGAGAAAGAGUGGGACAGUUAUGAGUCGUCGAGGCUCCUGCGUCUCUUGCCUGGGGACCCUGGGUAUAUUUUAUGGAUGGUGGCACUUCGGGUAUUUAGGCGGGCAAUCGAAGAUGCUAUCAACAAUCAUGUUGUCCUUCUUGGUUUAGACGAGGCUAAGAUAUGCGAAAUGGGGGACAGAAUCCUGGGGUUGUUCCCGGUUGAGUGCGAGGAAGUUUAA